GACGGAGCAGGCAGGUGGAGCUCUUGUUCCGCUCUGCACCAGGGCCUCUCUGCGGUCUGCAGCCGUUUGCAUUUCCUGAAACCGGAUCUUGGUGUCAGAGCCGCCCCUGGGCCGGGGCGGGCGCCUCAGCCAUGGCCCUGCGCAAGGAGCUGCUCAAGUCCAUCUGGUACGCCUUCACCGCCCUGGACGUGGAGAAGAGCGGCAAGGUCUCCAAGUCCCAGCUCAAGGUGCUGUCCCACAACCUGUACACGGUCCUGCACAUCCCCCAUGACCCCGUGGCCCUGGAGGAGCACUUCCGGGAUGACGACGAUGGCCCCGUGUCCAGUCAAGGCUACAUGCCCUACCUCAACAAGUACAUCCUCGACAAGGUGGAGGAGGGGGCUUUCGUUAAAGAGCACUUUGAUGAGCUGUGCUGGACACUGACGGCCAAGAAGAACUAUCGAGCAGAUAGCAAUGGAAACAGCCUGCUCUCCAAUCAGGAUGCCUUCCGCCUCUGGUGCCUCUUCAACUUCCUGUCUGAGGACAAGUACCCACUGAUCAUGGUUCCCGAUGAGGUCGAGUAUCUGCUAAAGAAGCUCCUGGGCAGCUUGAGUCUGGAGAUAGGCUUGGGCGAGCUGGAAGAGCUGCUGGCCCAGGAAGCUCAAGCAGUUCAGACCUCUGGGGGUCUCAGCGUCUGGCAGUUUUUAGAGCUCUUCAACUCUGGCCGCUGCCUGCGGGGUGUGGGUCGGGACUCCCUCAGCAUGGCCAUCCAAGAAGUCUACCAGGAACUCAUCCAAGAUGUCCUGAAACAGGGCUAUCUGUGGAAGCGAGGGCACCUGAGGAGGAACUGGGCAGAGCGCUGGUUCCAGCUGCAGCCCAGCUGCCUCUGCUACUUUGGGAGUGAAGAAUGCAAGGAGAAAAGAGGCACCAUUCCACUGGAUGCUCACUGCUGUGUGGAGGUGCUUCAGGACCGCGAAGGAAAGCGCUGCAUGUUUUGUGUGAAGACGGCUAGCCGCACCUACGAGAUGAGCGCCUCAGACACGCGCCAGCGCCAGGAGUGGACGGCCGCCAUCCAGACCGCGAUCCGGCUGCAGGCGGAGGGGAAGACGUCGCUGCAUAAGGACCUGAAGCAGAAACGACGGGAGCAGCGGGAGCAGCGGGAGCGGCGCCGGGCAGCCAAGGAGGAGGAGCUGCUGCGACUGCAGCAGCUGCAGGAGGAGAAGGAGAGGAAGCUGCAGGAGCUAGAGCUUCUGCAGGAGGCGCAACGGCAGGCCGAGCGGCUGCUGCAGGAGGAGGAGGAGCGCCGCCGCAGCCAGCACCGGGAGCUGCAGCAGGCUCUGGAGGGCCAGCUGCGGGAGGCGGAGCAGGCCAGGGCAUCUAUGCAGGCUGAGAUGGAGCUGAAGAAGGAAGAGGCGGCCCGGCAGCGGCAACGUAUCGCCGAACUGGAGGAGAUGCAGGAGCGGCUGCAGGAAGCCCUGCAACUGGAGGUGAAAGCUAGGCGGGAUGAGGAGGCCGUGCGCCUCGCCCAGACUAGACUCCUGGAGGAGGAGGAAGAGAAGCUGAAGCAGCUGAUGCAUCUGAAGGAAGAGCAGGAGCGCUACAUCGAGCGAGCGCAGCAGGAGAAGGAGGAGAUGCAGCAGGAGAUGGCGCUGCAGAGCCGUUCCCUGCAGCAAGCCCAGCAGCAGCUGGAGGAGGUGCGGUUGAACCGGCAGAGGGCGGACGAGGACGUGGAGGCCGCCCAGAGGAAGUUGCGCCAGGCUAGCACCAACGUGAAACACUGGAAUGUCCAGAUGAACAGGCUCAUGCGUCCCAUUGAGCCAGGAGAUAAGCGUCCAACCACCAGCAGCUCCUUCACUGGCUUCCAGCCCCCUCCCCUCGCUCGCCAGGACUCCUCUCUAAAGCGGCUGACCCGCUGGGGUUCCCAAGGCAACAGAACCCUUUCAGCCAACAGCAGUGAACAGAAGUCCCUCAAUGGUGGGGACGAGACUCCCAUCCUGGCUUCUACCUCUCAGGAAGAUAAACUGGACCCGGCACCAGAAAACUAGCCUCUGAUGACCCUUGUUCUCCUGAUGCUGUGUCUACCAGGACCUGGCUACAGUGGGCUGUGGGUGACUCCAGCCUCUGCGUACGGUCCUGGAGCUACAGGCCCUGGUCUGCUGACAAGAAGUCAGUCCAAGAUAGGGUGUGAUUGCCAUUCUCGCCAGGCCCAGACCACAGAGGCUGUCUGGGGUGUCAAUGCUCAAGAAUAUGGUUCUGUGGUUCAGCCUCAAGGACCCUGUGACCAGGGCUGGGAAAGAAACUAGGCAAUUAAGAGAAAGGUCAUCUGUCCCCAAAGGUCAUCUGCCCUCUCCCCUCCAGACUACCACCAAGUCAUGGAGGCAUACUUCCAAAUAAAACUGCUCCCACCUGC